AUGGAUAAUCAGUCUGCACAAAAUGUGAGAGAGAAGAGAGACUGUUUGGCUUGGCUUAGAAGGCCUAUAGAGGACUAUUUAGUUCACGGAAUCUACCGUGAAGCAAGAGACGUUGACACCAACGCUACUGUAAUCGAAGCUGUUCACAAACUCUGUAAGAUUUCCAUUCGUGAUGUGAGCAGAAAUUGCGUUCUCAAAUCUCUUGCCUAA